CAGUGUAGACGUAGCCAUAGAGAGGCAGUAGUGUGGAGUGGCAGGGGGCUCCUUAAGAGAGGGGCUGGCGCGCACUGGCCCCGCCCCCGGGGACUAUAGAAUAGUCGAGGAACCGAUAAGAAUUCACGAGGUUAAUCAACGGUUCAAUUAACUGAUAUUUAACAUCCCUAGCCUUUGGCAGCAGCGAAAAAGGACCGUCUGUUUCUCCUUCUGUUGCACAUAGGGAUGCUUUGCCUUCAUUUCCUGGCUGUGCUGGGCGCUCAUUGGCUCUUCUCACCCUGCCCCAGGGAGCCCAGGGAAGAGCCGCUCAUAGACCGGCUGGAGGUGGUGACCCUGCCAUCCCUUUCGCCAAGGGGCCUUCCUGUGAAAAACUGCGCCCAACAGUUUCAACUGCCUACCCACGACUGGCCAGAUACAGGUCCCCCUGGCCAGUUUGAUGUCGGGGUGGUGGCAUCGUUUGGACGCCUUCUGAGUGAGGAUCUCAUUCUUCAGUUUCCAUAUGGCGUGUUGAAUGUCCAUCCAAGCUAUCUCCCAAGGUGGCGUGGCCCUGCUCCAAUAGUCCACACAGUGCUUCACGGUGAUACAGUAACUGGGGUGACAAUUAUGCAAAUUAAGCCUAAAAGGUUUGAUGUAGGCCCAAUUAUUAAGCAGGAAAAGUUUGCCGUUCCUUCCCAGUGCACAGCAAAAGAACUAGAAGCAAUAUUAUCAAAAUUGGGUGCGAACAUGCUUGUUUCAGUAUUGAAAAACUUACCUGAAUGUUUAAAAAACAAGAGAGAGCAGCCAAAUGAAGGAGUAACAUUUGCUCCUAAAGUCACCAUUGGUAUGAGCUGUAUAAAAUGGGAAGAGCAAACUCCUGAGCAGAUAUUACGACUACAACGUGCCAUAGGAGCCACCAUUCCAUUGCAGACCCAGUGGAUGGGAAAUACCAUUAAACUUCUGGAUUUUGUGGAAGUGCAUAACAUCCAUGGCUUUGCUGAUAAAUUAUUAAAUGAACGUGGAAUUGUUCCAGGAUCAGUAUUGUACCAUAAAUUGUCACAGACAUUGGUCAUUCGUUGCAAGGGAGACUGGGUCGGAGUCAAAACUGUCGUCUUCAAGAAGAAGCUUACUGCAGCUGACUUUUAUAAUGGGUACUUACAUCCCUGGUUCCAGCAGAAUUCACAAAUGCUUCAAGGGGAGUGCAGAUUUCACACACUCAAACUUACCACAGGGAAGAAGCCUGAAAGACAAGGAAAGGGUGGUGCACAUUAUAAUACCAUAAGUGCAUGAAAUUUGUCAAACCGGACAGCUGUAAAUGAAUAGAAACAUUAAAUAUUUAAUCGUCCACUACAAUAAA